AGAACCCUCCCAUUGUCAGGUGAUGGACAGUCCCUUUAAAGGGAGUGUACUAGAGGGGAGUCUGCAGAUAUCUUCACACUUGCUCACCGAUUCCUCUGUUUGCCUGGUAAGGAAAAUUCACCUUUUAUUUACAAAUUCAUACAUUUCUUAAAAUGUUGAAGAUGCUUUCUCAGCUCAGCAGUUUUUUGGGAAUUAUACAAGACACUUGUGCUGUAUUUGAGUGAGCUGUUAAUGAUUUAAAUAUUAUUUCAUGUAGUAUGACUUGCUUGCUAUGACAUGCAAAUUGACUUACAGUAUCAGUUUGCCAAUAUGAGUACAGUUGAGGGAAGAAAUGUCUGAAUAUUGCUAAAAUAAUGUUGGAUUUGGUCUGUUUAUCUAUAAUAUACACCAUCCAACAGUCAUCAUAACUGGUCAUAUAUAAACAGGGAUAUGGGUAUGAUAGCGUUUAAUUGUUUACCACUAAUUCACAUGACCACAUUACCAGUCUCCAGGCUGCACCCAUUAAAAGUCAUUGAGAGAGGAGAUAAGCAUUUCCUUAGGUGAUGCGUUGAGGUGGAAGUUCUGGCUCCUGGUCUUGGCUAAGUGUAUCCUGAGGGGAUCAUAAAGCUACCACGGUGUGUUCUACGAGUACUCCUGGACCCCAGGGUCAACACUAACUACAUGGAUUUAUAACGUGUUUAAAUUGAUGGAAUAUUACUCUCAUCAACAUAACAAUGCCCACGCCAUCACAUGACUGAGAAUCUGAAACCUUCAUUAAUUAACGCACAUCUUUGUACGGGCUAUGUUUGUACUGGGACUCGGGCUACACUUUUGCAGGUUAAUUAUCCACACAUCUGCUGCUGGGGGAAGUAAGCUAAGGAUGUUUUUGAAACAGGACUGCAGAGGUAUCCUCAUCACCUUACCUAAUCAAUAUCAGUAGUCCAGUAAAUAUCAGUUGGUUUUAUACAAAAAAAUGACAGAGCUGACCUUGAUUAGCAUUUUUAUUUUACCAUUUCAAUGCAGGAGUCCUUGGUCUUUCCGGUCCUCAAAGGAGAUCUGUUGUAUUUGUUCUUGGUAAGAAUACAAAUCAGAGAUGUUGUAAUAUCUGAUUAUCCCUGAUUGUUUUAAUAGCUGAGAGAUUUAAUAAGCUUUGAUUAUAACUCAUUUGAUUAUUAAUUCAUUAUCAUUUAGUGCUUUUGAAUCUAACCAUUAAGAAAACUGUGGGAGACCAACUCCCAACUUCCACAAAUGACCCCAAGAUGACUGAAGCUCAAACCACCCAACCCACCACAACCAUCAGCAAACUGUAUCCUAUAUGCACAACCAGGUCAAAGACUGAAAACAGCCAAACCAUUCACACCACCACUGUCCCUCCAGGAAGAGACUACUACAAUACAGACCGCAACAAAGAAGUCUUCCCUACAUCCCAGACUGGGGGAGAAUACACCAGAGCUCAAGAUUACAUCACAAACAUCUCUACACUCAAGACUGAGAGAAACGACACAGAAGAUGAUAUUAACGUCACCCAUUCUUUCAAGAAUGAGAUGGUGAAGUAUAGUGAUGUCAUACCAACAUCUCAGUCCAAUGGAAACCAUACUCAAGAUGGGGGCAAGGACUUUGAUGACCAAGGCUCCAUUGCCUCCGAUAUGACCCAAACUGAGAACUAUAAUAUCACCACAGAGCCUACCCCUACAGCUACUGCAAGAUCCACAAUGGGAGACAUGACUGUAAAUGCUGCUUUAACCAGAAAGAAGAUGAGGUCUUGUAAAAUAUUUAGCUGUAUCGGCAUAACGUGCUACAAACAUGUGAAGGUCAUGGAGGACUUGUGUGAGGAGGGUAUGGACUUCUGUGAGCUCAAGAAAGCCUCAAGCCAGGUCACCUGGAAUACCUACGUGGCCGUGUGGAGUGCUGGAUGCGCCAGAGACUGCAGACAGAGCACUAAGUGUGGUCCCUUCAGCUCGUACCAAUGCCACAAUGAGUGUUGUGUGGCUGGGUCUGUCUCCUGUCUCAGACUGGAUGGUUCUCUCAACAUGCCUGUCAACUCUGCCUGCUGUGGCCUGGGGAGUCUCUCCCUCCUGGCUCUGAGUGUAACCUCUCUACUGGACAAUCUACUCAACACUCGCUAAUUUACUAACCUUCAUGUGACAUUAGACUCACUUUAGAAUGCAGAGGGUUUAGUAUGGAUCGACUAAAUGCAUAUUUCAGUUUUGUCAUAUCCACUGCUUGGGCGUCAUUGGUUCUUUCAUGUUUUCUUCAUCUGUGAAUGCAAGCUCUUGUGAAAAUAAAACUGUUUUCCAGCUUUA